ACACGUGUAUUUCAUAGUAAACACAAAACGAACGUGAAUUAAAGAUAAGAAGAAGAAAAAAUAGGUCUAAAACCCUAUUUAAGAAGAAAGAAGAAGAAGAUAAGAAGAAAGAAGGAGAUUUGAAGGGGGAAGAAAAGAUUCAUAGUUGAAAACCCUGUAAAAGAAGGACGGAAUUACUGUCAGUAAGUAUUAUACCGUCAUGGGGAAAAACAAGUUACAUUCAAAGCAGCCUGUCAAAUCGGGCAACCCCAUCUACAAAAGAGCGGGAGCACUUCCGGGCAAAGCCAAAGCCAAGACGAAGCCAGUCAAAACGAACCUCCGCAAAUUAAAGAUAAAGAACGAAGAAACAAUCAAGUCGUUGGACAAGAAAGUGGACUCCUUCCGCCAGGCUGUGAGCGACAGCCAAAAGAAGCCUAAGGAGGAACGGCCACCAAGACCCAAAGCAGAAGCCCCACCAGAAGUGAAUAUGGAAGAAGCAGCAGAAGAAUUGUCAAAAUUGUGACGGGAAAUUAGCUGUUUACUUUCCUCAUAAGUCGCCUUAAGAUACAGAAUAUAUCACAGGAGUUAUCA